AUGCCGACGACGAGCACCGAUGACAUUGGCCAGCUCUUUGACGAGAUCGCCAACAAGAGCACGUGCACAGUCUCUUGCGCCGAGCUCAGCACCGUGCUCCCGUUCACGGCGGGCGACGUUCAGCUCAUCUUGACGGGCGUCGUCGACGACAUGCGACAGCACAAAGUGGUGCUGGAGAAGAAGGAGUUUACACGGUACCUCAAGAAGGCCACGUCGACCAUCUCGCUCGCCCACGUCGUCGUGACGCUCCAGCGACGUCGACACAUGAAAACGUUCUCCGAGUUUUACCUCGCGCGGGGCGUCUCGGGCGCGCAGCUCGUGCGACCGGCGGAGAGUGGUGGGUCUCGACGUCGCAAUAGCCUUCCAGUCAACAGGCUUGACGCGGUCUCAAAUCAGAGCGACGACCGGCCUGAGGGCGAGCGCGACACCAAGGACGACCUUCAAGCUCAGUACGCUGCGCGCCAGCGCAUCGGCCUCGUGCGCGCCUGCCGCGCGGUCAAGACCGCGACCGAGGUGCGCUCACGAUACCUGCCGCAAGAGCAUAACCAUUCACAGGGCAUCUUUGCGAUUGCGUUUCACCGCAAGUCGCGCCGCCUCGAGCUCCACACCGUCGCACUCACGUUCAUCUACUCGUCGCGCUAUUUCGUGCUGCUCUUCUCGCGGGAUGCGGGGCAGCUCGCGAUUGGCUUGCACCGGGGCUGCGCCCACUCGGCGCCGCCCGACAUUGUGCUUGACGAGCUACGUGUUCGCGUCGCGCGACGUCGCGGCCGCC